AUGCUAAAUUCGUUUACCCGUACCGUUCGUGCUCGACAGUCGACGUUUUCCUUACUCCGUUCAGCAUUUCCUUCUCCCAUUGUCCAGUUUGCCCGUGAUUACACCGUCUACUUUGGAAACCUAUCCUUCGAUGCGUCAGAACACGAUCUCAAAACCCUUGUUGGUCGAUUUGAUGAGAACGUGACGAUACGAGUACCAAGGGAUCGAUUGGGCCGAACGAAAGGGUUUGGCUUUGCGGAGUUUUCGCAGGAAGAUCAGGCCAAUCAAGUGAUAGGCGAAUUAAAUGGAAUGAAUUUUAUGGGUCGAGAACUGAAAGUUAGCCGGGCUACGGAGAGGUCGAACACGCCGAGGGAUGGUGAGUAUUUUUAG